CACCGCAAACCUCAGGAGGAGCUGCUGGAUCCACCUUCCUACACAGGAAAACAGGAUUAUAAUAUCCGCGCCAUCAGCCAAUCAGAGAUGAGAAGGAUGUACAUUUAAAGACAACUUCGUCGACGCGAAGAGAGAGAGAGAAGCUUCAGCACCGACUGUUCCGUCAUUGUCACGGUCUUUACUGUUGUCCAAGCUUUCGCCUUCUUCUCUUCUCAUGUCAUUUACUCGUGCACUAGUCCCGUUUAAAUGGCUUAAAAUAAUCCCGGCUAUUUCUGCAAACUGAGACGGAGGCGUUGGUCUUUUACCUUCCUUUGACGGCGGAACAUUGGCUGGAGUAGAGACGACAAAAGACCCUGGAAAUGCAUUUUCCUUUCACUUUUGUGCUUAUUUUGUGCCAGUUAUCAAGGGCUUUUCUCGCACCACUGGAAGCUGUCAUAGUUCAGGCCCAGCGAUGGGGAAUGCUGGGUUCUCAGCGUUUUGAGGAACAGGUUCUUCUUAAUGGAGUCUCUCUUACUGCCACAAGCCAGGAAUUUAAUAGCAUAAUCCAAUCCAUUUCAGCUGAUGUACACCUUCCAACUCCUAACAGCGUCGGCCAGACUUCAGUGCUGAGGAACCACACUAUUCUUCGUUCCCGUGAAUGCAUACUGGAGGGGACUCAGCUGCAGUGGAAAGACCGCGUCUUUUGUGACGGAAAGGUCUGUCUCACUCUGGACCACACCGACACAUGGACGGCUCAUGUACCUGAGGCCGUGGACCUCAAAGUGUUGUGGGACCAGGAAGAGCAGCGCAUCAGGGCAGAGAGGCUCCGUCUUCAAGAGGGUUGCAUCAACUUAAUGAGAGAACUGAAGCUGACGGAGGAUCAAUCAGUUUCAGGGAUUCCUGUGCCUCAGAUUCUGAUUCCACUCUUGGCAGUACUGGCUUUUAGUGGCCUAAUCUUAAUCAGCCUCCUUCUUACCAAACACCGGGGUUUGAGGCACCCUGGAGGUGUUGUUGGCUCACUUAUACAUUACCCCAAGGACAUGGCUGAAAUGGGUCCAGAGCAGAAAGGCAAUGGUUAUCAAACCUUGUGAUUCAAAGCUCCAGAUUAAAAGCAGCCUUAUAUUUGAGCUACAUCCAUGUACUGAAUUGAUCGUAUUUGUUUCUCUGCGAGGACAAUGUCACUAAAUGAAUGUAACCAAAACCCUUGCCACACCAGCAACUGUCUACCACUGUAAUGAACCAGUCUGAUUUUCGGACCACAUCAUUACAUGCACUUUAAUAUGCAUGUUUCCCACUGAUCCUUUUGCUGUUUAUGUAAUUUGUUCUGUACAUAUAUAGACCCACAGAGAAAGAGAGGGAGAUAAAUGUAUGUCCACUGCCUGCUGUAAAUACAUUUUGCACACUUAUUGUAUUGUACAGGCAGAUGUCUUCACUUGUCCGAGACAUUCAAGUGCAAAAAAUGUGUGGAAAUAUACAGGGAAAAUGAAACUCUGGGAUUACGUCCAGUUCUCCAAAGAAGCUGUUGUUCUUGAGAAUAAAAUUAAAGAUUUCCAAAAUGUA